AUGAAUGUUACCUUCGCACCGAGAGUUAAUUCAUCUGCUGACUGGUCAUUUUCACUAAAUCAAUUAAUAUUGUUUGAAUUUCAUGACAUAAAAAAUAUUAAUGCAAACAUACGUUAUGAAUGUAUAACAAAGGAUGGAUGUGAUCUAGAUUAUAUUAAUGAAGUUUUACCAAAAUUUGUUUAUAAUUAUUCUAACAAUUAUGAACAAAUUUAUAACACGUUAUUACCAAAGCUGUAUCUUGAACAUAGUUUAUCAUCAAAUAAAUCGAUUUUGUGUUACAAAGGAGAUAGAUCUAAAAACAAUUCGAUUGUAAUGUGUAAUGAUACAUGUAUUGUACAAACAUUUAAUAAUUUAUCAUAUAUAAGUUCACAGUCUUGUGAAAGAUCUUCUCCAAAAAAUCAUAUAUUUUUAAUAGUUGAUUCAAGCCGUGCCUUACAUGAUCAUGGAAUUCCGAUAAACACCGAUAUUAUGUCAUAUACAUGUAAUGGAAAUUUAUGUAAUGAUCAUGAUAUGGUAACUUACGUUGCGAAUGUAAUCAGAGAUGGUUACGGUUUGCCCGCUCAAGCGACAACAACAACUUCCACAGCUACAACUACAACCACCACGACUUUAUUUUCAAGAACAACAACAUCGAGAUCAAAUCAUAUCUCAGCUUACUUUGUUCACUACAUUAUGGCUAGUUUACUUAUUCAACUAUGUCGAUAA